CUUAUUAAGAUAUUAAUACGCAUAUCCGGGAACAUUAAAUAUGGCUGCUUCCAUCGCAAGAGUUUCAAGUUCAUUGCUGUCAAACUUUUCGCCAGGUCUAGGUGGCCUUAUUUCAGUCCGAUUUGCUAAGCCUGUGAGAAAUAAAAGAAAACGAACUAAAGGAAAGCAUCGCAAGAUUUAUGAGCAUGAAGGCACCUUUGUACAUGCAGGACAAGUUCUGGCCAAACAACUGGGUCUUAGAUUUUACCCAGGAGAAAAUGUGAAACUAGGUCGAGACAACACUUUGUACGCAAUUACAGAUGGGAAGGUCCUCAUAUCAGCAGAGUCGUUAUCUCCAUACCCAGAUAGUCCGCUUUAUGGACCUGUGCAAAACGGACUGGUGAUCAAGAAGAAGUUCAUCCAUGUGCUUUGUCCUCCGUUGUUAGGAAAAUUUCGACUUGUAUCACAAAUUUAAUUCAUUGUUUAUAUGUACUAAUCAGUCUUGUGUGUAUGUGUAUGAAAAUAUUUCAACAAAAAUAAAAACAAUCUUGUUAGUAUACAUUUGUGGUCUUUGCUAGAUAACAUGGACUUGUAACCUUGUUAAAUGUUUAUAUUUGAAUUAAUACAUCAUGUAACCCUAUGUAUGUUGAUCAUAAAAUGAUCAUUGUACUAAUUAUGUUUUUGAGGAAUAUAUUCACAUAAUAAAUACAUGUAGAACUUAA